GCAGGAGGAGGGGAAGAUGGCGACGGAGGGUGGCGGCUGUUGCUUGCGGCCUUUCUCCUGCGAGCAGGGGCUGCUGUCGCGGCCCGACGGCUCGGCCGCCUUCCUGCAGGGCGACACGUCGGUGCUGGUCGGACUCUACGGUCCCGCGGAGGUGAAGGUCAGCAAGGAACUCCCGGAUCGGGCGGCGUUGGAGGUGCUGCUUCGCCCCAAGGUGGGGCUGCCAGGCGUGAUCGAGCGCAGCCGGGAGCAGCUGCUCCGGCGGACCUGCGAGGCCGUGGUUUUGGGGGUGCUGCACCCUCGCACCGCCAUCACCCUGGUCCUGCAGGUGCUCAGUGACGCCGGUUCCCUGCUCUCCUGCUGCCUGAACGCUGCCUGCAUGGGGAUGCUGGAUGCGGGGCUGCCCCUCUCCUCCCUCUUCUGCGGCGUCACCUGCGCCAUCGACCCCAACGGCGUCAUCGUCCUUGACCCCACGACCCAGCAGGAGCAGGAGGCACGUGCCAUCCUCACUUUCGCCCUCGACAGCACUGAGAAGAAGGUGCUGACGGCGACCACCAAAGGCAGCUGCUCCAUAGUAGAGGUG